AUGGGGAGAAGGUGUGAAGACUGUGGGAACCAAGCCAAGAAAGAGUGUGUGUAUAUGCGAUGCAGAACCUGCUGCAAAGCCAAAGCCUUUCAUUGCCAAACUCACAUCAAGAGCACUUGGGUUCCUGCCUAUAGAAGAUCCCACAAAUACCAAGCACAAACGCAAACGCAAGCGCAACCACAGCAGCAACCGCUCUCAACUACCAACCCUAAACUUCUCAGAGAACAACACCCAACUUCUUUCCCUUCAUCAUCAGGUGUAAGAAUCCGCACAAGUACGGAACAUUUUCCUGCGGAGUUGAGUUCUGUAGCGGACUUCCGUUGCGUAAAGGUGAGUUCAGUAGAUGACGGAAAAGAACAAUACGCUUAUCAGACGACGGUAAACAUCGGAGGACACGUUUUCAGAGGCAUUCUUCAUGAUCAAGGCCUCGAAAACAUUGUUGCAGAUCAACAACCUGCUCAUCGUGUUCAAGCUUUACUUCCUCCUUCAUCAAGUUCUUCAUCUCCCUUGAUGAUGACUAGUCCUUUUACAGAUUUCAUGGCCGGUACCAUGUUUUCUUCACACCAAAAAUCUUAA